AUGUUUAAACAAAAAUAUAAUAAAAGGAAAACAAGAACUUUGAAGAGAAGAGCAUCAUUGAAAACUGAGAUUAAAAGAGAAACUAAAAGAGAGGACUAUAUUGAAAGUUUAAGUAAAAUAAGUAAUGAUGAUUUUGGUACUAAUAGUGAAUCUUAUAAUUGGUUACAAUUAACCCCAAGACUAAAGCCAAAAAGAAGGUAUAAAUUCGCAAAAUUAAAACAAUUGUGUGCUCAGGAGUUAGCAUUGAAUGCUGAUUUAAUUGACUCGAAGAUACUAAGUUACAUACCACAUGAUAUUUAUAAAUAUAUUUGGAAAUUCAUUCUCUUACUUGAACAAGAUUCAAUUUUAAGUUACUCCAUAUUUUCAAAAUUAUCUGUACCGACUCAUUCAAAUACAAAUUCACUUAAAGAUAGUGUUAUAAGUCUUUAUAAAAUACCUAACAGACAUCAUAGAAUUGAAAAUUUAUUCAAGAAUCUUAACUUGAAAGACUUGGUCAAUUUCCUACAAACUUUCAAGCCAUACUUAAUCUUUGAUGCUUCAAGAAUUGACAAUUUCCAAUACAGAGAGGAUUAUUUUAUGCUAUUCAACCUACCCAAACUAAUAUGUUUAAAUUUAUCUGGUCAUUCAUUUGUCGAUGAUAUUUACAUAAACAAUUUAUGUUCAAGUAUUAAAGAUGGUAAAUUACCAAAAUUAACGGUUAUAAAAUUAAACAACACAAAAAUUACAAAUUCGGGACUAAUAUCACUUUUUAAAUCUUGUGCAUAUUCGAGUCUUUCGUGCAUUGAAACGAGUUUAAGUAUGGAGACAGAUGAAUAUCAAUGGCUGAAGAUCGAAAAAGAUCAACAAGGUACAAUACUACAGAAAUCACCACUAGGUUUAAAACUAAACAGAUUGAUUAAACAAAAAAGUAUUGAAUUGGAUAUUUCGAAUAUUAAUUUGCUAGACAUAAUGAUUGUUGAUGAUGAAUUUACUCAACGUGAUGGCCAAAUAGCUAUUGAGUCAGCUUGGAAAGCAAGACAAAAAGCAAGAGUAGUAAUAACAGGUGGUGAAACUUAUUUGAUCAACAGAGAUGAAAAGAUAAAGACUACUGAAUAUCCAGAGUUAAAAUUGGAGGAAAAACCUGUACAAUCUAGAAAACGAAAGAAAUUAAUCAAAACAAAUGCAGCUACUUUUUUCAAUUGA